UUCAGGUUAAAGAUAAUGAUUAAGGAGAUUUGCUCCACAUUUUGGACUUGUUUCACUUGACUUAUGCACUAACCCAAUUUGUUUUGUAGGGUGUUUGGUUCAUGUGAGCCUUGUGCUAUGCAUAUUAUUGUAUGAUUGAACAUUGUUAAUUGAACAUUAUGCUAUUAUCUGUUUAUGAAUGGGAUGCUGAUGUUAUUGGAUUGUUUCCAGGUACCCUUUAGCCGCUCAGUUCUCUUAAGAACUUGCUUUGCUUUGCUUAAAUAGCAACUUGCAUUGAGACAUGGAAAGACCAAAGAGGCAUACGAAGAAGUACAGUUUCCGACAGCCUGAUGUAAAGGAGUUAAGGAAUCUGACAUCUUAUGUACUAGAUCCCCUGGGUUUCAAGGCUCGAUAUGGGAAGCUUCUGCCGCUGCUGACUACUCAGGUGGAUGAGGGAUUGAUGAAUACCCUUGCUCAGUUCUAUGAUCCGCUGUAUCACUGCUUCUUAUUUCCGGACUUCCAGCUGUUGCCUACUUUGGAAGAGUACUCUCACCUUAUUGGGAUCCCGAUUCUGGAUCAGGUGCCGUUCAGUGGCCUAGAGAGUAUUCCAUCUGCUCGUGAGAUUGCUAGUCUAUUGCAUAUAGAUGAAGCUUUGAUCAAAGCCAAUCUGAUUACCAAAGGUGGGAUUAAGGGUUUCUCUUCAGAGUUCCUUGUCGCUCAAGCUACCUUCUAUGGAGAAGCCAGGAGUGAGGAUGCCUUUGAGGCUCUGUUUGUAUUACUCAUCUAUGGAUUAGUGCUAUUUCCCAACUUUGACAAGUUCGUGGACGUGAAUGCUAUUAGGAUCUUCUCAGUUCUUAAUCCGGUUCCGACUUUGUUGGGCGAUGCCUAUUUCUCUCUGCACCUGAGGAAUAUGAAGGGUAGUGGAGUUAUUGUCUGCUGUCUACCUUUGCUGUACAAGUGGUUUAUUUCGCACUUGCCGCAGACCAUUGCUUUUAAGGAGAACAAGGGAUGUCUACGGUGGUCUCAGAGACUCAUGUCCCUCACCAAUGAUGAUAUCUCUUGGUACGAUCGUGUAUAUGAUACUGUGCAGAUUAUUGAUUCUUGUGGUGAAUUCCCGAAUGUGCCUCUUCUCGGUACAUGUGGUGGGAUCAGCUACAACCCUACACUUGCACGUCGUCAGCUUGGGUUCCCCCUAAAGGAUAAACCUCAUAACAUUCUGUUAGAAGGUGUAUUCUUUCAGGAGGGUAAAGAUCCCCAAGGCUUGAAAGCCAGAUUCGUCCGCGCUUGGCGCAAUAUCCGAAAGAAGAGUAGGAAUGAAUUGGGUCCGAAGAAUUGCAUUGCUUUGGAGCCUUAUACUUCCUGGGUCAGACAGCGAGUCGCUGAAUACCUGAUGCCUUACGACUACCCGAGACCUACACCUUUGGAUGUGGCUGGGCCUUCAACCCUCCCUAUCCAACGUGUAGAGGAGUUGAGAGAAGAAGACCUUUCACGUGCUUGGAUCCGUGAAAGAGAAGAAUUGCUGCAACAGAUUAAGGAAAAGGAUGCUCUGAUUGAGUUUCUUGAGCAUCAGGUGAUCGACGAUCCGAAUGAUGCAUGGACUUCUUUACUUCCUCAGUCUUCCAAAUUCUGGAAGAGGAAGUAUGAUCAGCUUGCCAAGGCAAAGGCGGAUAUGGAAGCAGCUUAUGAGAGAGAGAUUAAGAAGUUGUGUGCCUCUCGUCUUCCAGCAUCCAGAGCUCCUAGGGAUCCAUAGGAUGUUGUUUUCCUUUU